AGCGUCUCUUCCUCCGGUUAUGUCACAGAGCAUACUACAGCUUGCCACCUUUACCGCACUUCACCAUCCACGUCCAGCAAAAUGAAGUUCUCGCUUCUUUCAUUGGUUGCAGCUCUGGCUGCUACUGCUACUGCUGUCUCGAUUCAGCAGGAGCCUAUGCCUUUCGAACUGAUGGAGGCGAAGCCUAUGGGCGGCGCUCCAACCAAGCCUGUUCCUGGCAAGUCUCCCAUGCUCGUCUGCGACCUCGACGUUUCUCAGCUGCUCGACAUCACCUAUUUGAAGAUUAAUCCCAACCCUCCCCAGAAGGGCGCUGACCUGUUUAUUGAGGCCGAGGGAAUCCUCAAGGAUACCAUCGGUGAGGGUGCUUUUGUUGAGGUCGAGGUCCGCUACGGCUUUAUCCGACUCGUCAAGGAGACCAUCGAUCUUUGCGAGCAGGUCGAGAAGGCUGAUAAGUCUUGCCCGUUGGAUCGGGGCGUGAUCAAGUUCUCCAAGUCGGUUGAGCUUCCUGGUGAAAUUCCUCAGGGAAAGUACAAUGUGGUUGCACGCGCAUACAAGGAGGAUUACACUGAGAUUACCUGCUUGACUGCCCAGGUCGAAUUUGCGAGAUCGUAAGAUUUGGUAGCUCAAAUUCUCUAUCCGAGGAGUUGCAGACUGGGUAAAGGAGCUCUCGCCAUUCAAUCACUGGUCGGGUGCAUAAUGACCCUUCGGUGUUUAAGUGUCUACUUUACGAAAUCGUCGUUUUUGCUAUCUGGAGUAUAAGGGUUUUUUAUGAGGAUCAUGCGAGAACCUAUAAUAAUGGUGCAUGAAGCUAAUUUCUCCAACUAUUGAUUAUUUUUCUUUUUCUUCUUUUGUUGUAAUUCUGUGUGUGUUUUCGAUUGUUAUCGUUUUCUUUGAUGGUACAGGGGUGGGGAGGGGCAUUGGUUCAAGAUUGGUUACUUAAAUGUUGUUGGAGCGUUGAGGGUUAUUGUAUGCUUCAUGUUUCAUAUUGGCCGUUCAGUUUGGUGUGAGUCAAUGAGAUAUGGACUAUGUUUUAACUUUCUCGGCGGUCGUAAUAAAUGCAUCUAUAACAUAUUACUGAAGACUG